AAUCAAAACAGAAUCCUUUCACUUUCAUUUCUUCGUUAUCUGCUCUUCAUUCUUCCUUGUUAAAAACAGACUGAGCUGAGAUGGGAGCGUCCAGACUUAAAGACUAGAAGGUCAGAACACGGGGCCUAUAGCAUUCGCCUAUUGAAACUUGACAUCAAGGCUCCAUCAAGAAAAAUGGAGAAAAUGAAGAUAUGUGUUGAUGGAAUUCCAUCUGAUCUUCCACCUGAACGUGUCAAGGACAAACUUUUCAUCCACUUCCUAAGACCCCGUAACGGAGGAGGAGAGAUAGAACAGCUUGAGGUCCUGCCCGGCCCUCCUGCAUAUGCCCUUAUUACUUUUGAAGAAAACAAAGUGGCUGAAAGGAUCCUGGAAACCCGAGAUCAUAACCUAACAGUAAAUGGAAAGUCAUACCUUCUGACUGUUAGUCAGGCCUCUGACAAGCUGGAGCCAUACCAGAUAUUUGAGAAUUUAUCACUGACCAUCAACUACAAACAACUUCCAGAACGCUGUAAAAACAUUAUAAGAACUCUGAGCACAUCCCAUGCAGAUCUCCACUACAGAUUUGACAAUAACCGGAACACAUGUAUAGUAAGUGGAGCCUACACAAAGGUUCAAUCCCUAAGCCAGGAAAUCUUAACCCUACUCGGCACUGGGGUUGUAAAUGCAGAGAGAGAUCCAAAGCAAAUUCAAAGUAAAGCUAAGAGUGACCAAAGGAAAAUCACCUUCUCGACACCUCAAGAGCUCAGGGCAAUGUCGCAAAAUAAAACUGAAAAAUAUUGUGAAAACUCUUAUUUUGAAGAGGAACAGAAAAUAUAUGCUAGGGCUGUACCUGAACAAACAGAGGAACCUUUGGUGUGGGACACUGAUAUCUACAAGUACAUACAAAGAUUGCUUAGUGAGGAAUAUAAUCAGAUAUUAAGAAAGCACAACAUUCAGGUGGUGGAUACAAGCUCUGAUGGCAUCACCUCUUUAUACCUCCAGAGUGUAAAUGAGGAUGACAAGAAAACGGGUCAUUUAUUUAAUGCUCGGUAUGAGCUUUUGAGUCUCUACCAAGACUUAGAAUUUAAGCUUCGCAAAGAGCAGAUUGGCAAAAUAUUGUUACCGCUUGAUAAGGAUUCUAUGAGGGAAUUUUACCGAGACAUCCACUCACAAUGGCCUGGAGUUUUUUGCCAAGACGAUGAGAAAAACAUCUAUUUUAUUGGAGACGGGAGUGAUGUUGCCCAUGCCAAAAACCAUGUUAUCAGACAUUAUAUUUAUAAGUCUUUACCUGACCUUGAAAUGGAUGUCAACAAGAGUCAACAAAAGAAAGAUGAGUUGAAAACCCUAUCAAAUAAAUACAAUAUGCCUGAAUCAGAAGACAGACUAGAAGCAAUAUCUAGCCAGCCUAGAAGCCAGACUGCUUUGUCAUUAAGUAGUUACCCCUAUAAUCUCUCUAAGGACCCGUCUAUAAACAAGAAAAUGCUGCUGCAGGAACAAGAAAAAGCUAAAUAUCAAAGACCAGGUUUUAAUGUUGACUUGCUAAAGAGCUACAAAAAUGGACGUUAUGGGUUUAGAGAGAACCAAAGUCUUUUGCACACAGAGAAAAACUCUAGAGAAAGAAAUGUAAAGCAGUUGGACAUUGCCCUUUCACUGAAAACAAAAGACACAAGGGAUGUCAAAAAAGCUGGCCCAGUUAAACCUGUCCCGCUGCAGUACUCAAGCCUAGUGGAUGUGGACUCUUCUACCUCAGAGUUGGUGGAAGCCAAACCUGGAAUUCGUAGAUCAAAUAGUUUCUCUCAUACGUAUUCCAAAGAGAAAUGUGCUUCUGACAAACAGGGCAACUUACCCCAAGCUCUUCCCAAAGCUGAAAUCUAUGUGGAUAGUAGACUCUGGAGAUAUCUGAGGGACGCCUACAAAUCUGAUAUUGACAGCAUGUGCAGUGGAGUUAUAAUAACUGAAGAAGAAAAGAACAAUAUUGUUAUCCUGACAAUACAGGCAGAUAGCAGAUCCACUUUGUUUACUGUAAAAGGAAAUAUCCAGUCAUUCUAUGAGAAGAAAAGUAAUAGUAUUGUGUAUAAGUGUUUAACCUACUCAGUGCUCAAGGUGAAAGGGGCAGAUGACAAAGCACUGGGAGACUUGCAUGCUGCAUUCGAGCACUGCUCCAACAAAAUUCGCAUUAACACAGACAAAGAUGUGGUACAUCUUACUUAUCCAGAAGAGAUACACCUAAAAGUUAAUGAAGCCUACAAUCUGUUUUUAGAAAGCAGAAACCAACCCUCAACCCUCAACCCAUCAUCCUUAGCUAUGGUCUCCUUGGGAAGUAUUGAGCAGAAUUAUGAAUCGAACCUUGGAAUAAGCCAACAACAACUCACAACAAAUUACAGUUUUUCAGCCAGUCUUUCCAGAGGAGGGCUGGAGAGUCAGAAGAACACAUCCCUAGUGGACAGUGGAAGUGUCCCAUAUUAUAUGAAUCAGAAAUCACUUGAAGAAAAUAUUCAGAUGCCUUCAUACACAAGAACACUUCCAGAUUGUUCAAACAUUGGUGGUUUUUUUGAGGAACCGGACCCUUAUAAGGUAAAAAGUUCUCUUCCAAGUAAAUUCCAGAUGGACAGAGGGAGAACAAUUGAAGACAAAAUGGAAGAAAUAUCUGAAGAUUUCAGAAGUUUACAGGUGAUUCAUAAACAACAGAAUUCUGAGGAGCAACGGAUGGAAGGACAUGAUUUAAGUAAAAAGGAAGCUGGUAAAGAAGAUUUAAAAUUACAAGAAGAAAAAAGGGUCCCUGCAAAUGAACAAAAGUCAGUAAAGAUUGGAAAAGUGUGUGAUUUGUGUAAUGACAACAUGACACUCGUUUCUUGUGGUCAUUACCAAUGCAAUAAUUGUGUGUCACCAGCAAAGGACAAAUGCUCCAUUUGCAUUAUGACUGUUCCUUUACAUGAUGAGUCUGGGCUGAAAGCCACAAUGGUUUAUACUCAGAUGAGCUUAAGCCUACAAGGGUAUGAGAGAGACCCUACUUUGAAAAUAAUAUAUGACAUACCUGAUGGAAUACAAGGGGCUGGACACCCUCACCCAGGAAGCAACUAUAAAGGGGGGCGAUUUGAAGCUUAUCUUCCAGAUAACCAUGAAGGAAAAAAACUUCUUGUUUUAUUGGAAAAAGCUCUCAGCCAAGGCCUAACAUUCCAAAUAAAGAACGUUGGGUCGGUUGAUCAAGUGACAUGGAAUUAUAUUCCCCACAAAACAUCCCCAGAUGGAGGCAAAGCAAAAAAUGGAUAUCCAGAUUUGGCAUACAUUAAAAACCUGUUGAAACUGCUGAAGUCCUAUGGCAUCGAGUGAAUAUCUGGAGGCAGUGGGCAGCUUCCUUGUGUAUGACUUUAAGAGGGCAUGCCCUUAAAUUCUUGCUGUGGACCAAUGGAAUUUUUUUUUUUUUUAAAUCCUGGUGACUUUGCAUGUUAAAGACCAGCCUUGUACAGAAUUGUGUACACACACAUGGCAAGAACCAAUCAAAUCAAUAAUUAUUUCUCUAAUCUUAUGUGAGGAAAAAAAAAAAAAUCAUGAGAAUUUUUUUUUUUCAUCCUCGGGGUAACGGCAGCCAUGGGCAACUCUGAUAUUUUUUUUUUGAGAGGACGAAACACUUCAAAUCAAUCCAUAUGGAGUGAACAGGAGCUGCUGCCAAUUGCCUAGUUCUAGCAAUGGACCGGUAUCGCCCCGCAACGCAGCCAGUGUUUUCCCCAGUUUAUUUAGUCCAUUACUUUGCCAUUUACCUGACCUAUCAUUUGUGUGCUUAUUUGUCACUAUAAACUUUCCUACCUCCCUAAAUACAUUGUGUUUUUUAUUGACACUGAUAUGUUAGAUGGUAAGUUCUUUAUCUAGAACUGCUCCCCACACUCUGGGAGUACAGUACCUGUUAACUGCAUACCCUGGAAGCGAUUUUUGGGUACUUACCUGGUGCCUCAGACAUAUUCAGCUCACUUACCUAAACAUCAGACGGAUGGGCUGCAGCCCAAUGAAGUUUUGAAAGAAACCAUCACUAAGUGGUCAAGGAAAAAUGCAUGUUGGUUGUCUAGGCACCAUAAAGUGAGGUCUUGGCCACCAUCUUUAGCAGAACAUUGUCUGCAGAGUUCAGUCCUGAGGCGAUGCCUGAAGCUCCAACCCAGAUUGUAGGGACUGAACUGCCAUUCAGUAAACUACGCAAAGGCCUGGAGUUGACACUAAGCUAUAGCUGAGCACUUUAGCCAAAGAAGAACAAAAAAUGGGUACCUUUGCUAUUUGGGAGGGGCCUCCACAAUCCCGCUGAAUAAAAUAUAAUUUCCACCUCCAAUAGAAAAUGUAAUAGCACUCACAGGUGCCUCUGGUCUGGGGCUGGUACAGCUCAGUCCUUGCUCUGUGACACCCAGCUAAUUCAGCACUGCCCCCAGUCACACUCCCUGCCCAGCAAUGAGGGGCGAGAUGUGCGCUUUUGCUUCACUGAGAGCCCAUCAAUCUCCUUCAACUUCACUGGCAGUGCCCCUUCCCAGCACACUUUGCAAGGGAGCCCAGUCUGCAUUCAAUGGCAAAUAGCAGCCCUCUACCACCCACCCAAAUGUUGCUUAUCUGAAAGGAAGCUGUAGUAUAGUGAAUGUGCCAUAAUAUAUCUAUUAAAGCAACGAAAAGUUAUAUAUAGAGUUAAUCCAAAUUGUUGCAUAAAUAGUGUGGGGUGCAUAGCAUAUAAAAAUACAUACUUUGUUAGGUGCACAUCAAUGUAGCGUUUAAUUUUAGUGGUUCAGUCCUGAAAUUACCAAGACCUGUGUCUGGAAACCACAAUAACCCCAGAUAUUUAUACCCUAACUCAAGCAGUAAGAUUAGUUGAUAGCCCCUUUCCUAAUACCUACACUAGUAAUUCUCAGCAGCAACCCACUUCCAUAUGGACAGCAUGGAGAUUGUGUAGGUAGCAACACCAUUUGUAGCUGACAGUGCUAACCCAAGCCCACAUAAUGCCCUGAGUAGCAUCAACGUGAACAUCAUUUCAAACCCAAUACAUAGGUGGCAAUUGAAAUCAUGUGCAAGAAAGAAAAAAAAAAUAGCUGCAAGGGCUCUUUGCAUGGAACUUGUACUUAGCACAGCACCCCUAGGUUAGUAGAAAAGGGCCUAGAUUUUUAAGAUGAUUGUAUUAAAGACUUUGUAGUAAAUGUUUGUCCACAUACAAACCAAACCUCCCAUGUACCACCACAGACGUUUCUUUGACUUGUCCACUAGCUACCAGGCAAGCUUUUAAAGUAAAGGGAAGUGUAAGUUUACCUUUAAAGAUAGCAUUAGGAAAGUGUUAGAUCUCAAAAGGCAAGUAGAAGAAAAGUAUGAGUAUGAAAAAUUACUAAAUAUAUCAUAUCUCAGAAGAACACAAGAUCCUCCUCUAGGAGCUAGACAGGUCCCGUCUCCAAGGAGAGACUGUGGGAUUUUCCCAGAUAUUGAUACUUUAGGCAAGAGUGUGAUACAAAGAAACAGACAUAUGGGGGACUUCAGGCUGGUUCAUCCAUAAAAUGGGACUUUGACACAUCUAUCAGAUUAUUGGUAAGCAUUCAUAACUGCCAAACCUUCACAAUCCAAUCAUGGUCAGAAUCUAGUGUAAACAGAGUAGUCAUGCAAGUACAAGUUGACUUCUUCUUCAGGCAUAAUGGCCUAUUAUUAAAUUGGCUGGGCUCUGUGUUUUUAAUCAAGUAUUUCACCUGAUAAAUAACCUGAUAUGUAGUAUUAAAGAGAUGGUGAUAACAGAUAAAUGUUGCUUUCAGGUCUUACCUAAAACUACUGCUGAAGUUUUGUGUCAGCUGUAUGCCAGUUUUGCAGGUCAACAGACAAUAGUCAACUUGGACCUAAUUUUUAAGACUAUACUGAUCAUUUACUAUUGGGAAUGUACCCACUGCUUUGUAGUUUCCUCUGCACUGCAUGACCACUUUUCUAUGCAAAAUUGGGCAUUAUAUUGUCAUCCAAUGCUGGGUCAAAUGAUGCCAGCACUGGAGCCAAGCCCACACGCCCCUUUCUCUGCAAUCCCCGGGCUGUGAUGUGACUGACCCAAGAAGUUCUGAGAAGAUUCCAUAGUGACAGGCAAGAUCAUACAACAGAGUGUGAAUAGCCCCCUUGCUCCAACAACCAGCUGCCUUGGGAGGUAUAAAAGGUCCAGAACUAGGGGUAGGCAGGUAAAAGAGGUACAUGCAUGACACCCUCCCCAGCAUUGCACCCUAGCUUUUGCACUGCAGUCAUCCGUUACCUACAAACAUAAGAUUAUGUAAUAAAUAUAAUGGAAUCUGGGAAGAAAAAAAAAAAAAUUCUGCUCCAAAUAAUCAGAAGUAGGCAGAUUCCUUUUGUUAUGCUUUUAAUUAACAUUUGUAACAUGUAAGGCAUACGGCGACAUUAGGCAUAAAAGCUUUACACUUAAGGGUCAUGUAAACAGCAUUGGCACAAAACAUUUUUUCCCCAGUCUCCCCACACACAGCAAAGAAAUGUCAAAAUCUGAUAAUCCAUUUAUAAGGAAGAAUGAAAAAAAUUGUGUUUUCUUUUUUGGUUAAAAGUGGCCUUCAAAGCAGAGUGCUAAGGGGGUCUGGCUUACUUAGGGUGCAGUGGAUGCCUUAAGCAAACAAAACAAAAAAACAUACGCAACAUAUUUACAUUUCUAAAAAAAAAUGCCGAUUUACGCAUGAAAAAUUGUGUUUAAAAAAAAAAAAACCCAUCAACUACUCUAUCCAUCAGCAAAAUUAUGGGAGCCUACAACUGGACCUUUAUCAUCGAAAAUUAUGUCGGGGACAUGGAUGUCACAAGUCUUCUGCCUCUGAUGGUUUUAAUAUGGCAUUUGGAAUUAAGCGUAGCCAAGCGUCGCAAAUGUGUAGAAGUAGAAAACACUGCUACAAGUUUACCAAAAAGCAAGACAGAGGUCAUUUCUGCCCUGAAGAUGACCACAGUCUAAGAACAGAUUCUCCUGGCCAAGAAUAUAAUUUCUUCAAAAUAAACAUUUCAACCUCAAAACUACUUCAAAAGAAAACUUUGCAACACAAACAAGGCAACUUGGACCUCUGAAACCAACUGUUGUGGUUAUUAUAUGGGUUGCAUAUGGAUCAUUGCGGCUACAUGAGGUUUAGCCAGAGAACUAGCUACAGCAGCAAAUCCUAGCCUAAGUUUUGCAGGUAAGACCAAGGCCCAUCAGCUUUAGUGCAAAUAACUGAAUAGCUGUUUGGCACAUUUCUCCAGAGAAAAUGUUGGCAGCCCUUGAGGAACAAGAGCACAUUGUACAAAUGCAGAUAAUUAACUUGUGCACAGACAUCCACAUAAGCUGUGUUUGGAUGUGGAUCAUAUCCCAACCCAAAUUGUCCUUGGAAACUGCCUUAAUGUUGCAAUACAAAGCAAAUAGAAAACAUUGCCAUAUUUGACUGGCCAGAGGAAUAUAAGCCUCCUACAAUGGUAUCUUAGAUGGUAGAAUCAGAAUAAAGGGGAAAAUAAAGUUUAUAGAGAAAAAAAAAGGAGGCAUAAUUUUAAUGGAGAACUUUUUUUUAGAUUUGCUUUUAUUCUCCAGUGUUUGCUACUCUAGGAUUAAAAAGCCUAAACAUGACCAGUACAUACAAACCCAAUAUGGCACCCCAUAAUAUUGUUUAAAUUAUCAACAUUAAGGGGGUAAUCCCGUAUUAAUUGAAACCCAGUUAGAAUCCCAAAUGGUUAUAUUUGAUAGAUCAUUCAAAGAACUAGACACCUACCAGUGUAAUACUGUAUUUGGUUAGGCAGGAUAUAAGGUAAAUGGCCAAGGAACCAUAAUGUUGGAGGUGUACAUAAGCUUAGGUCAUUAUUUCCAUAGUCACACAAGGUCAAAAGGAAAGGUUCACAAAACUCGAAUCAUACAAAAAAAGGAGUGUAAAGAAGUCUGCC